AUGGCCCCGCUCCUCCUCCCCGCACCCGUCCUCGACCUCCUCGCCUCGCUCACCUCGCGCACCGGCGACGGCUCCCCCCACACCGCCCUCCUCGCCUCCCAACCUGCCGGAAACCAAGUCGUCGUCCACCACUCGCACCCCACCACCGCACCGUGGCCCGACGUCCGCCCCCCACCGGCCGAGGUCGACGACGACGAGCGCGCAGCCAUGUACGCUGCCCUCGCAGGAGGAGCCUGGGACGCUCACCUCGGCCCCGACGACCACCACCGCAGCGACGACCGCGACCCGCUCAUGCUCGACUCGGAGCUCGGCCACAUCGCCGUUGUCGCUCUCGGCGCCUUUCUCCUCGUCCUCGUCGGCACUCAAGUCGCACCCUGGAAGGUCCUCGACAAAAAGAUUCGAGCGGCCGCAGACCAGCUUCGCGCCCCACUCGAGCGCGUCGGCGCCUGAUCCUUCCCUCCUCGUCCUCGUCCCUCGUCCCCAUCUCUCCCUCCUCGUCCCGCCGCGAUACCCACCCCCUGAGAUACCCUCCUGCUCUCGCCCUCGCAAUGCAAGUCGCACCUUUCGUGCCCCCC